CCGCCUCCGAGCUCCUCAUUUACUGCCGACUGCAGACGAGCGCACACAGGCCGCCGUGAACUCUCCCGAGGCCGGAUGGUAAAAUCCAACCUCCAGCGGAUCCUAAACAGUCAUUGCUUUGCCCGUGAGAAAGAAGGAAAGAAACAGUGUGAAAGCAGCAGCAUCAUGGAGGCGCUCAGUAACAGUAUUAAUGACAUGAUGGGAAGUCUGUCCGUGUGCUGUAGUAGUACCACUGGUCCGGGGCCUCUGUGGUGUUCCGAUGCCCCUCACCCACCUCUGAAGAUCCCAGGUGGGCGAGGGAACGGAGCACGGGAUCACUCAUCCACAGCUCAGCAGCUGUACUCGGACAGGAAGUUGACUGUGACAGAAGAGCCUGCUGGGGCCGGUCGCCCCAGGAUACUGUACUUCCAGAGCCGCCCCACCGUUUCCCGGGUGAUCCAGUGGGAGGCGGUGCUUCGAGGGGAGGGCCUGUUCGUGGAGAUUCCUUGCGACCCCUUCCCAGAGGGCAGCAAGGAGAGCUUCGUCUCUCUGCUGGAGUUUGCUGAAGAACAUCUGAAAGUGCUCAGCGUGUUUGUCUGCUUUUAUAAGAACAGGGACGAUCGUGUGAAACUGGUGCGUACGUUCAGCUUUCUGGGCUUUGAGAUGGUGAAACCGGGCCAUGCUCUGGUCCCUGCUCGACCUGACGUCCUCUUCAUGGCCUACAACUUUGACAGGGAUUCCUCGGAUGAAGAUUAGUUUCCUCCUGCUCUCUCGGCAUCUUCAUCUUCUGCUUCUCGCCGGCCGGUUCCGUCUGCAGCCUGUAAACCUCACUGGUUUCCCUGCGUUUACAGACUUCAGACGGAACGAGUGACCGGCACAUCCGGACGUCUGCGUCACACGUUCACAGCUUCGCUCUUGUUAUGAUGUCGUGUUUGACCUCCGCCCUCCUCGGUUUAAAUUCUGUUAUGGUUUCACAUUCUUCGAGUGAAUCUGUUGAUUAUUAAUGCUUGUGCUUUUGUUUAUGAAAUGUUUCAUUUUCUGGAAUGUACAAGGUCAUUUAUACGUUUGGGUACGUAAUUGGAUAUUAUUCGUUCUCUUUAAUAUGCUUAUUCAAAGUUUUGGUCAGUUUUUGUUUUGUUUUUUACCUCAGAAUGUCAUUUGUAGUUCUUCGACCGUGUGAAUCGGUGAACGUCGAUCUCUUUGAAUGUGAUGUACGUUAAUGAACAGCUUGUUGGACGACACGACUGGUACAAACCCUGAUGGAAACCGAAUCAACACAUCCAAAGCUCUUUUACCUCUCGCUGUCAUUUCUUGGUUUUGUAUAUCAGAAGCGUAUUUAGGCUUUUGUGUGUUGGCUGUGCUGUUACUUGCAUUCCCGCUCCAUGGUUUAUUUUUCUCACAUCGUUUGGAAACUUUCACCUCUGUAGUGGUACAUAAACUGCUUCUGUGAUAAUAAAACCUUUAUUUAAAGACA